GGUCCCGCAGUAGCCGUUGGUAUUCCCAAUCUCCCUCUCUCUCUCUCUCCCUCUCUCUCUCUCUUCCUUCCUCACCUUUUCACACACAGCCUUCUCGAAACAAAUUCCACCAUGUCCAAAACUUUCUGAUCUUCCUUUUCAAACCCUAACCCUAACCCUAAUUUCCAUCCCAAAUUUCCCAUCUCACCCCCUUCGCUUCUCUAAUUUUGUUAAUUUCCAAAUGCAAUACAGCUUUUUUGUUCAUGUUUGAUUCUAAAAUUUAAAGAUUCUCCAGAAUGUGCGCACCAGAUUGAUUUGGAAAAUCUCGGUUCGUGUUUUCUUUUAUCUUUUUUGUUGUAAAGUUUGUAUUUUUUAUGUUUGAAAUUGUGAAACUGAGAGUCGGGGUUUAGGAGGAAAUUUGGUUGUGAGGAUGUCGAAUUUGUAUGGAGAUUACAAUCAGAAGAUUGAUUAUGUAUUCAAAGUGGUUUUGAUCGGAGACUCGGCGGUCGGGAAAACUCAGCUACUUGCACGGUUUUCUAGGAAUGAAUUCAGCGUUGAUUCGAAAGCAACUAUUGGGGUUGAAUUUCAGACGAAAACCCUUGUCAUCGAUAGCAAGAUUGUCAAGGCACAGAUUUGGGAUACCGCUGGCCAAGAAAGGUACAGGGCAGUGACAAGUGCAUACUACAGAGGAGCAGUUGGGGCAAUGCUAGUUUAUGACAUGACCAAGCGUCAGUCAUUCGACCACAUGGCAAGAUGGUUAGAGGAAUUGAGAGGCCAUGCUGAUAAGAAUAUUGUUAUCAUGCUAAUUGGCAACAAGUGCGAUUUGGGAAGCCUUAGAGCUGUGCCAACUGAAGAUGCACAGGAGUUUGCUCAAAGAGAGAACCUAUUCUUCAUGGAGACCUCGGCCCUCGAGGCCACCAAUGUUGAAACUGCAUUUCUGACAAUAUUAACGGAGAUAUAUCGGAUUAUCAGCAAGAAGACUCUUACUGCUAGUGAUGAUAUUGAUUCCAAUGGUUCAGGACUCCUAAAGGGAACCAAAAUCAUAGUUCCUGGUCAGGAACAGGAUUCUGGAGGAGGGAAAGGCUGCUGCUUUGGAUGAUUCAUUUUACCUUCAUUUUGAACUUCUCAUUUUUUUUGAGUAUUACUUCUAUUCUCAUGUCUUUGUUUCAAAGGAAUUAGCAUGUACUUUUUAGAUAAAAAGGGAUUUUGUUCAACGAGGCAUACGAGAGAUUGAUGCAAUAUUAAUUGUUGUCCAUAUGUAUGUUAUGGAAGUGCACGUCCUAUAAAUUCUUGGAAGAUGGAUUUCCAUGGAUUACUAUAUAUAUACAACAAGUGGAAGCCAUUUUUCUAUUGCUAGAAUAUAGGUUUAUUUGUACAAAGUUCCAUGCCUCACUCCUUUGUUAUCCAAGCCUCACUGCUUUGUUAUCUUAUUUUGAUUUACAUUUUUCA